AAUUCCCCCCUCCAACGUCCCAACCUAUAUACUGCGACAAAAAGGAGAGGGAAAUGAACAUCUCUUCUCCAAGUCACUACACUUUUUCGCUAAAAUCCAAUCAGAAAGAGAGUCAGAAAAGAAUUAUGUAUAAAAAAAAUGCAACUUUGACUGUUUUUAGCAGUUAAAAAUUCUUAAUUUGAUCGUGGGUUUUUCUGCAAAGUGAAAGAAGAAAAAAAUAGCUCGUUUUUUUUCUUCUCAAGUGUUGACAAUUAUCACUCUUUAGGGGUUUUGGUGGGGUUUUAGCAGCAAUGGCUCUCCCUCUGGGAAAGCUCACUCUCCUUGUUGGUGCAGGCAUCCUGGGUUCAAUUCUAGCUAAAGAGGGGCGCAUGCCCAGUGUCUCUGAUGUCAUCUCAGGGGCCAUAAAGGUUGCUACGAAGCCAAUAAAGCAAAGUGAUUCAGCCUCCUCAACAAGCAAGCCAAGAAAUGAUGCUUUGAUAGCUCAGGUAAAUAGUUUAAGACAAGAGCUGCAGCUCCUUGCAUCAAGCAGAACGAUGACAAUCGUGACUUCAAAUGCAACAGGUGGCCGUCGAUAUGGUGUAAUCAUUGUGAUUGUAGCUGUUGGCUAUGGAUAUGUGUGGUGGAAGGGUUGGAAAAUUCCUAAUUUCAUGUUUGCCACCAAGCGCGGCUUAUCAGAUGCCUGCAAUUCUGUCGCUAAGCAGCUUGAUGAAGUUUUUCUUUCACUCAGGGUUACCAGAAACGAAAUAUCUUCCAAACUUGACGAUUCAAGUAAUAAAUUUGGUGACAUAGUUGCAUGCAGUAGUACUACGAAGGAUGAGGUUACUGGAGUACGUGGAGAGGUUUCGAAGUUUACCUUGGAUCUCCAAACUGUCAAUCAUACAAUCCAAACUCUGGAGACAAGAAUGGGCAGAAUUCAAGGGAAACAGGAUGAGACAAAGGAAGGAGUGGCAAGAUUAUUACUUUGUACACUGGAUGCAGAGAAUAGAUCUGCAGAUGUCAUUCAGGAUUCACCUUCAAGUUCUCCUAGGCCUGCUAUUGAACAUCGACAGAUUGCAGUGCCUUCAAGGACAGUGUCCCUCCCUGUAGCCUUGGAGCCUUCCUCUCCUUCAACUUCUAAUGGAUCUAAUGAGAAUGGUUCGACCUUAUUAAAAACUCCGACUGCUAAUGGAUCUAAUAAGGUUAAUGGACAACACUCAAGGAAUGCUAGCUCAACCUCAGGCCAGAAAGAGUUUCAAGUGAUUUCUGGAGCAGGAGAGAACAUUUCCAGCCCUAAGGUUUCCAACAGGAAUCACGUUACAGCAAAGCCUCCCAGUUCCGAGUUGCCUCCGAAAAGCGCUGGCUUGCUUUCUAGAACAAUUAGUGCGACACGGUACUUCAAGUUCAUGUAGAUUAGUUUUACACUCGCGCAAGUUAAUAUAUGACCAAAAGGUUAUGCGCAAUAUCGAAUUAUACUACCUCCUGUCUAUAUUAGUUUACCUAUAUUCCUUUUUGGGAUAUUCCUUAUUAAUUUACCUAUUUCUUUUGUUUUUA